AUGCAGCCCCAGGCGUCAGCGCUCUGGGGCCAUCAUCUGCCACUGCCGCAACCCCCUUCACAUUCUCAGUAUUCUCCUGUCUUUUUCCCUGGAUGCGUUUCCUACCUUCCGACAUCACAGCCGCCCUCACAACACGUAAUAGGAAUGCCUAUACAGAGGCCAGAUCUCCACCAGACUACUUCUCAUGUAAACAGCAGGACGUUCAGUAUGGACAGAACGCAAAUUGUGGACGGCUAUAAAGGGGGCGAAGAGGAUGGAGAAGGAGAGGGGAGUGGUGGAAGGGGAGUAGAGAACGGGAGAGGUACUGGAAGCGUGAGUCGUCGAAAAAACGUCACCCGUGAAAGCACUUCUACACUGAAGGCCUGGCUUCGGGGCCACAUGAAGAACCCUUAUCCUACCAAAGGAGAAAAGAUAAUGUUGGCUAUCAUCACCAAAAUGACAAUCACGCAGGUCUCCACGUGGUUUGCAAACGCGCGGCGCCGACUCAAAAAGGAGAACAAGAUGACCUGGCUACCGGCCAACCGUCCCGAGGGUGUAGACAAGCAAAAUUCUUCCUCCCAGCCAUCUUCCUCAAAUGUUGUGGUAACAGCGACAUCGUCAGCAAAGGUGGAGCAGGCAGGGGAGGAGGACUUUGAAGUGGAAGAAUCUGAUGAUGAAGAGCAUGAGACCAGUCUCUUCGAUUUCCACUCAGCCGCCCAACCGUCCUCGGGUAGUUUAGGUUCCCAUUGGCAGCAAAAUUAUUCUAGCGCAUUGGCAGAGGCACCAAUAGGCGGGGGAACAUCGACCAUAGGGGGCAUGGAGUCUGGCGAAUCCUACGAGGAAGUGCAACAACAAAGUCCGUGUAUGUGGAGAGGUGUCACUGCACCGUCCCACAGCCCUUCAGCUGCUCUCUUUCCCCCCGCACAGUACACCUACAACGAAGUUAUCCAUCUGCCUCAUCACCCAUUAGAGAAGCAAUGGGGUAGGGAAAGUCACCUUUUGACGCACCCCACUGCCCUUGAUUCGCUCGGGGAGGAAAUGGAGGAGGGAAAGUUCACGAGACUAAAUUAUCUGUAG